CCUUAUGAAUGUAACAUGUGUGGAAAGUCUUUCGCCAAGAAAGCAUACCUUACUGUCCACCAGAGAACACAUACUAGAGAGAAACCUUAUGAAUGUAACCUGUAUGGAAAAUGUUUCACCGAGAAAUCAAAGCUUACUAGCCACCAGAGAACACACACAAAAGUGAAAGCUUUUGAAUGUAACAUUUGCGGAAAGUCUUUCACCUGCAAGGCAUAUCUUACUAGAUACCAGAGAACACACACACGAGAGAAAAUUUAUGAAUAUAACUUGUGUGGAAAGUCCUUCACCUGGAAGUCAAAUCUCACUGUCCAUCAGAUAACACAGACAGGAAAGAAACCUUAUGAAUGUCACGUGUGUGGAACGUCUUUCUUCCCAAAAUCAAAGCUUACUGUUCACCAGAGAAUACACACAAAAGAGAAUCAUUUUGAAUGUAACAUUUGUGGAAAGUCUUUCACCUGCAAGACAUAUCUCCUUAACCACCAGAGAACACACACAGGAGAGAACCCUCAUAAAUGUAAUGUGUGUGGAAAGUCUUUCGCCAAAAAGGCAAACCUUUCUGCCCACCAGAGAACACAUACUAGGGAGAAACCUUAUGAAUGUAACGCGUGUGGAAUGUCCUUCAUCUGGAAGUCAAGUCUCACUGUCCAUCAGAUAACACACACAGGAAAGAAACCUUUUGAAUGUAACUUGUGUGGAAAGUCUUUUACCUGGAAGUCAAACCUCACUGUCCACCAGAGAAUACACACAGGAGAGAAACCUUAUGAAUGUAAGGUGUGUGGAAAGUCUUUCGCUAAGAAGGAAUACCUUACUGUCCACCAGAGAACACAUACUAGAGAGAAACCUUAUGAAUGUAAUGUGUGUGGAAAGUCUUUCACCCAGAAAUCAAAGCUUACUGUCCACCAGAGAACACAUAGUAGAGAGAAACCUUAUGAAUGUAAUGUGUGUGGAAAGUCUUUCACCCAGAAAUCAAAGCUUACUAUCCACCAGAGAACACACACCAAAGAGAAACCUUUUGAAUGUAACAUUUGUGGAAAAUCUUUCACAUGCAAGGGAUAUCUUACUAUCCACCAGAGAACACAUACUAGAGAGAAACCUUAUGAAUGUAAUAUGUGUGGAAAGUCUUUCGCCCAGAAAUCAAAGCUUACUAGCCAUCAGAGACACACUGGAGAGAAACUGCAUGAAUGUAACAUGUGUGGAAAGUCUUUCACCAAGAAGUCAUACCUUACUGGCCACCAGACAACACGCUCAAGAGAGAAACCUUAUGAAUGUAACAUGUGUGCAAAGUCUAUCACCUGGAAGUCAAACCUCACUGUCCAUCAGAAAAGACACACAGGAAAGAAACCUUAUGAAUGUCAUAUGUGUGAAAAAAAUUUUAUGUAUAAGACACACCCUGUUGUCCCUCAGAGAACACACACAGGAGAGAAACCUUAUGAAUGUAACAUGUGUCAAAAGUCUUUCACCCAGAAAUCAAUGCUAACUGUCCACCAGAGAACACACACAAAAGAGAAACCUUUUGAAUGUAACAUUUGUGGAAAGUCUUUCAUCUGCAAGGCAUAUCUUACUAGACACCAGAGAACACACACAGGAGAGAAACCUCAUGAAUGUAACAUGUGUGAAAAGUCUUUCGCCAAAAAGACAAACCUUACUGCCCACCAGAGAACACAUACUGGAGAGAAACCUUAUGAAUGUAACAUGUGUGGAAAAUGUUUCACCCAGAAAUCAAAGCUUACUGGCCACCAAAGAACGCAUACAGGAGAGAAACCUCAUGAAUGUAACGUGUGUGGAAAGUCUUUCACUUGGAAGUCAUGCCUUACUGGCCACCAGAGAAUACACACAAGAGAGAAACCUUAUGAAUGUAACACAUGUGGAAAAUGUUUCACCCAGAAAUCAAAGCUUACUAGCCACCAGAAAACGCACACAGGAGAGAAACCUCAUGAAUGUAACAUGUGUGGAAAGUCUUUCACCUGGAAGUCAUGCCUUACUUGCCACCAGAGAACACACACAAGAGAGAAACCUUAUGAAUGUAACAUGUGUGGAAAGUCUUUCACCUGGAAGUCAAGCCUCACUGUCCAUCAGAAAACACACACUGAGCUCAAAGUUUACAAAUGUAAACAGUGUGAAAAGUCUUUCACUGAGAAGAAACACCCUGUUGUCCCUCAGAGAACACACACAGGAGAGAAACUUUAUGAAUGUAACAUGUGUCAAAAGUCUUUCACCCAUAAAUCAAAGCUUACUCUCCAUCAGAGAACACAUACUAGAGAGAAAUCUUAUGAAUGUAACCUUUGUGGAAAGUCUUUCAUCCAUAAAUCAAAGCUUACUGUUCACCAGAGAAUACACACAAAAGAGAAACCUUUUGAAUGUAACAUUUGUGGAAAAUCUUUCUCCUGGAAGGCAUAUGCUACUAGACACCAGAGAACACAGACAGAAGAGAAACCUUAUGAAUGUAACAACUGUGGAAAGUCUUUCCCCUGGAAGACACACCUUACUCGCCACCAGAGAACACACACAAAAGAAAAACCUUUUGAAUGUAACAUUUGUGGAAAGUCUUCCUCCUGGACGGCAUAUCUUACUCUCCACCAGAGAACACACACAGGAGAGAAACCUUAUGAAUGUAACAACUGUGGAAAGUCUUUCACCAAGAAAUCAAACCUUACUCGCCACCAGAGAACACAUACUAGAGAGACAUCUUAUGAAUGUAAUGUGUGAUGAAAGUCUUUCACCGAGAAAUCAAAGCUUACUCGCCACCAGAGGAGACACACAAAACAGAAACCUUUUGAAUGUAACAUUUGUGAAAAGUCUUUCUCCUGCAAGGCAUAUCUUACUCUGCACCAGAGAACACACACAGGAGAGAAACCUUAUGAAUGUAAGAUGUGUGGAAAUUCUUUCAUCAAGAAAUCAAAUCUUAAUGUCCACCAGAGAACACACACCAGAGAGAAACAUUAUGAAUGUAACUUGUGUAGAAAGUCUUUCACCCAUAAAAGAAACCUUACUGUGAACCAGAAAACACACACAUUAGAGAGACCUUAUGAAUGUAACAUGUGUGGAAAGUCCUUCUCUUGGAAGUCAAGCAUCAAUGUCCAUCGGAUAAUACACACAGGAAAGAACCUUAUGAAUGUCAUAUUUGGGAAAGAUUUUCAGCCAGAAGCUACAACUUUCUAUCCACCAGAGAGCACACACAGGAGAGAAAUUUAUGAUUGCCUGGAGAAUCCUGUGGUUGUGAUGAUCCACCCCCAUGUAGGGCAUGUGGAUUAUGGAGAGCCUGUGGAUUUCACAUCCACAGUUGUACUGGUGGAAGUCUCCCAGUAUGCACUGCAUAACUGGGCUCAAGGAGUGACGUGA